AGUACUCACUACAGGUUUGACACAUUUGAGCUUCUGCCUGUAUGUUGGGAGAAGAUGGACAGCACAGGGGACAGAGCAAUAUGCACCCUUUAAUACAAUAUAUCAAUGAUCUAAAAUGUCUAAAAUAUCUGAUGAGGCAUGUGGCAUGAUGUUUGUAUUUGAGCAGUUCAUCAAUGAGUUUAGCUCUGUUGAAGUCUCCAAAAAUAAUGAAAAACGAGUUAACAUGUUUGUGCUCUGCACUCAUGAUCUGCUCUUCUAGAGCUUGUUGUGCCUUGCACAUGCACACGAGGUUAAAAGUAAACUCCUACCAACACAACAGAGGAGAAUUCCUGAGACUAAGAAUGGUUUAUAGUUUAUGAAACAUGAUUCUAAGUUAGUUAGGACUGCACAAUUUCAUUAGAACAGUGACAUCUGUACAUUAACCUUUAUUGAUGUAAAAGUAGUAUCCUUUACAGCAUAACCUGUAGCAUUUUUUGUUGCUCAUUUAAACAUUCUGUCUGGAUGCUGCCCACUGGUGCACAUUCAUGUUAUGCUAAAAUAUGUAUGAAUGUACAUCUCCUCGCAAGAUGUUGGAUGGAGCAGAAAGCAUACACUGUACAAAGGAUGGGACGUGGAGUGUAUCUGUUCCAAACUGUAUAGACAUAAAAUGUCUCCCACCUCAAAUACUAUUUGGGACCAUUAUUGAACCACAGGAAGAGUAUCAAGAGAAUGAACUGAUAAAAUACGCAUGUGAUAAAGGAUACAAGGCCACACCUGGAACCCCUAAAUGCACUAAAAAUGGCUGGAGUAUAAAGCCAGAAUGUGAAGAAGUUACCUGCGUGCUUCAGUUUGGCAUACCUGGAGUACAUAGUACAUCUCCAAGUGGAAAAAAUAUAUUUAAGCCUGAAGAAAGCUUAACACUUACUUGCAGAAAAGACCACUGGAUAUUGGGAACAAGACUAAACUCACAAAUAAUUAAAUGCAAAGACAAUGGUGAAUGGGAAAGGUCACCGAUAUGUAAUGAAAUUACCUGUAAUGUUCCCCAUGAUGAGAAUUUGGCUUUCUACUACUUUUCUGGUGAUAAAAAACUGGGGGACACAAAGUUUUAUGAGUGUAUCCACGGUUAUCAAAAAACAGCUUCACGCGCUACGUGUACAAUCGACGGCUGGAGCCCAAGAACACUGUGUACAAAGAUGACUUGUCCUGAACCAGAGAUUGCACAUGCAGAGAUACUGAGACCUAAAGAUACUUACACAAUAGGUGACAGAAUUACGAUACAGUGUUUUCCUGGAUAUGAACCAGUUAGUUCUUUUGUCAUCACUUGUAAAAGGCAGCAGAAAUGGGAAAAUAUGAAACGCUGUACUCUUGCAAAAGGAGCAUGUGGUAAGCUCACUUUGACCAAUGGAUUCAUACAGUAUUCCAAAGACCAUGAUGGAGCCCAACGUGCUUCCUAUUCAUGUGACACUGGUUACAAAGCAUUUGAUGAAAAGUGGUGGGGAGUAGUAACCUGCCAACAGGGGGUUUGGAGUCAUCAGCCACAGUGUAUACGAAAGAAUGAGUGUGGUUCUCUUCCCAAUGUUAAGCAUGGAAAGCAAAUUCAAAUAAACGAAGCUCAUCAAGAUGGCCAACGGUUAAAAAUCGAAUGUGAUUUGGGCUACAAAUCCAGACUGUCUUCCAUCAGAUGUUUGAAUGGCCAGUGGGAGACAUCAGUCUGUGAACGGCACAGAUGUAAUACUCCCCCUGAAGUAGAAAAUGCAGUUAUCACCUCUUACAGUACAGACCAGGAAUUGGAGCAAUUAGUGACAUUUAAAUGUAAAGAAGGUCUUGAACUGCACGGGCAUGACACAAUUUCCUGUAUUAACUCAAAAUGGGAGCAAACACCAACAUGUAAACCAUUUCAAUGCCCAAAUCCCGACCACAAAAUAGAGAAUGGUGUUUUGAUGACAAGUGACCAUGACAACAAGGGAUAUUGGGAAGGAGACAAAGUAGAAUACAAAUGUAAUGACGGUUUUCGGUUUCCUGGAGAGAAUAUAGCUAACUGUACACAGAGAGAAUGGAGUUACCCAAAGUGUGAAACAUCACCAACCAUUAGUCUUGACCAAGACACUGAAAUUCCAUUGAAUGAGACAAACCAACAUGGUGAUAAAUUGUUGGGUCAAGAAAACAGCACAGUCGCAUGUAAUGGACAAAGCCAGACAGACUCAGGCUGUGAAGAAGUUACCUGCGUGCUUGAGUUUGGCAUACCUGGACUGCAUAGUACAUCUCCAAGUGGAAAAAAUAUAUUUAAGCCUGGAGAAAGCUUAACACUUACUUGCAGAAAAGAUCACUGGAUAUUAGGAACAAGACUAAGCUCACAAAUAAUUAAAUGCAAAGACAAUGGUGAAUGGGAAAGGUCACCGAUAUGUAAUGAAAUUACCUGUAAUGUUCCCCAUGAUGAGAAUGUGGCGCAUCCUUUCUACUACUUUUCUGGUGAUAAAAAACUGGGGGACACAAAGUUUUAUGAGUGUAAUUACAAUUAUCGAAAAACAGCUUCAUACGCUACAUGUACAAUCGACGGCUGGAGCCCAAGAACACUGUGUACAAAGAUGACUUGUCCUGAACCAGAGAUUGCACAUGCAGAGAUACUGAGACCUAAAGAUACUUACACAAUAGGUGACAGAAUUAGGAUACAGUGUCUUCCUGGAUAUGAACCAGUUAGUUCUUUUGUCAUCACUUGUAAAAGGCAGCAGAAAUGGGAAAAUAUGAAACGCUGUACUCGGCUCAGAUGUGAUACUCCCCCUAAAGUUGAAAAUGCAAUCAUCACCUCUCACAGUACAGAGCUGGAAAUGGAGCAAUCAGUGACAUUUAAAUGUGGAGAAGGUUUUGAAUUGCAUGGACAUGACACAAUUUUGUGUAUCAACUCAAAAUGGGAGCAAGCACCAACAUGUAAACACACUGUAGUGGAAGCAGCAGCCCCUGCUGGUACCUGAGGUACCCCAACACCCCUUGCAUAAGGCCUUCUUAUCAAGAUGCUCUGGAAUACCAGUCUCUGCCCUACUGACUGACCAGACCUUCAACCCACUGGUAACACCCACUCUGGGAGGCCUCUUUACAACACCAGAAUUCUUUUGUCUCUGCUAAAAGGGCACUCCUUUCCCUUAUCAGGUCUCCAAAACCAAUCUGUAAAGAAGGGUUAUUACUCCGACAGGACACAUGGCCCAAGACUUUACGACCCCAGAUCUUGACUGAGGAAAGGCCAUAAUGUACCCUGCUUUGAAUUUAGGGAUGAGUUUACAAGCUGGAAUACUUAUAAGAUCAAUAGUAAGAAAAACUUAUAAAGCACAUAUUCUUGAAGGAUUAGGGAAUUUGACCUUUCCCCUCUGAAAGGCCUUCUCGUGAGCAUUGCAGUGAGGCCAAAACCAUAUUCAUAAUCUCUUUUUUUUAUAUGUAAUAGGAUUUCUUUGAUUGCGUGAACUAUGAAUCCACAGCUCCCCUCGGAGACAAUAUCAGACUCCCCCAUCUGGAUUUAUUAAGCACAUAUGGCCAAAAGUGCACUGAUAUAUACAUAACAGUCUCAGCAUGCUCAAUUCUGAGUGAAAUCUAAAUAGCUAUCAUCACUGAACUGUUAUGAAACCCACUCUCUCUAAAUUUAUAACUUUUCUUAUGUUAUUUCAUUCAUGAAAUUAUUACAUCCAUGUCUUAACCCUAUUUUUGUAAUGUUUGCAUAUUAACCUUUAUACAUGUAUUACUUAGUGACUACGUCUUCAUCUCAAGUAUAACAGACAGAGGAACAUUAUUUGAAUGAUUAAUACUAGUACAGUACAAUACAUGUGUAAUAAUCAUACUCUGUAUCUUUCUCUAUCGCUCUUUUCUAUGCUCUUCUAUCUUCCUACGUGUCUCCACGUAGUGUGAUUCUUGAAAUGUAACUGCUUUCCUAUAUAUAAUUAUGUGCUUUAUAUUGCUUAUAAGAAUGUCUUCAAACUAUCUAUACAUAUUUGGACUAAAGGGCACAGGUGAAUUAAGGAGACUGAUCCUGCCUGUUAUAGAUUAAAAGAAAUAUAUCUCAUAAGCAAGUAUCAUUACCUAGUUGUUUUAUUCCCCUCUUUCUCUUCUUUUUUGUUACAUUUUUUGAUCACCCACGAAAGCCAUUGACGAGACAAAGAAGCAUGAAUAUGCAUGAGCAUACAUUGGGAUAAUGCCCUUCGAGACCCCUCCCACAAGUCAGGGUUAUAAACAUGGACAUUCAAUAACAAAGGUUAGAGUUAAAAGUUAAGAAAAAAGUUGGAUCCAGAAAAGAAGAAGUUGGAACCUCUCAUGAGAAGGAUUAAGUACUUAGAAUAGUGUCUUAUUUUAUGUCCGUCUUAUAACUAGUGUGUUAAAAUCUCCUACUGUAGUCUCCUACUACAAUUUCUUAGAACUAAUAUAAGUACAUGUUUACUGAUUUUCAGCUGUCUACAUGCAACUGUUUGCCAGAAAUCCCACACUGAAUACAUCAUGUUUUUUGGUUAAUUUCCACAACAAUCAUGCCAGUCCUUUUAAAUGUCCUUUAAAAACAUGCUUUCAGUAUAAGAUAACUUCAGAUUUUGUCAUAGAAAAUUCAAUUACCAUCAAAGCAACUGCGUGACAAUUUUAAAUAGUAUAUAGAAUGCUAAUAAACUUCUUUAUUUGCUUGCUCACAUCUUUGUACACAUCAUGUCUUCGUAACCUAACACAAAAUAUGUACGUCUUAGUUACCACAAAAUGCACAUU